GGGGGGAUUAGAGGUUUUGUAAUAAUAGAAAACACACUGACGGCUGUUGUAAUGGUGGAUGUUUGUUUACUUCGGUUCAUCUUUAUUUUCUUCUGACUAAAAAGUGAUUGUUUGAUUGAGAAAUCGUUGAACUUAUGAAUAAUGCUAGUUGAGUUUUAGGAAGAAUCAACAUACGUCUCGGUUUUCUCUCACUGACAUUAGGUUUGAGUUAUAUUUCCCGUUGUAACCCCCUUUUAAAAGGACAUCAUUUCAUAUGAGAUUUUAAGUGAGUGUUUAUAUGUGAUGUAUUUUGUCUUGAAAGGCCAAUGUUACAAUUAAAGACAUAACGUGUUUUGUGCAGUGGUUGAGGAAAUACUUAGCUAUGGAGUCUCAUAUAGAAAGGGAGAAUGGAGCCCUUGGUGGCCUUUUUCACCAAAUUAUACAGGAUAUGAAGAAUGGAAUGCCGUUAUGGGAAGAUCUGAUCGCCAAAGCCACAAAAUUGCAUUCUUCGUUGAAGGCUACCAUCCUGGCAGUAACAGCCUACUUGGAGGCAUUCCAGAAGAUCGCAGAUUCCGCCACGAACGCUAGGGGUGCCACAAGAGAAAUAGGAACCGCAUUAACCAGAAUUUGUCUUAGACAUAAAGCAGUAGAAGCAAGGGUCAAAACAUUCACAAGCACAAUCAUGGAAUGUUUGGUGUUUCCGUUACAAGAAAAAUUGGAAGAGUGGAAAAAGACUGUGAUGAACUUGGAUCGAGAACAUGCCAAAGAUUACAAGAGGGCCAGAAAUGAGCUGAAAAAACGAUCCACAGACACGCUCAGAUUACAGAAAAAAAUGAGAAAAGGAGCUGGAGGAGAUCUACAGAAAAGGCUGGAAUGCGGUCUGCAAGAUGUGACACAAAGGAGACAAAUGUUGGAGGAAACUGAAAAGCACGCUGUACGAGCGGCCUUAGUAGAAGAAAGGAGCCGAUUCUGCACAUUUGUCGGGUUUUUGAAACCAGUUGUGGAUGAAGAAAUAUCUAUGCUUACCGAAAUGUCCCAUCUUCAAGAGGCUGUCCAACAACUUGAGAAACACACUACAGAGCCUCAGACUCUACCUCCAGCUUCUGAGCAGGUGAUCGCAGACUUGAAGAGUUCAGAUAGUGGUUGGUCGUUUCAGACACCUCCUUCUUCGCCGUCCAGCCUUGGUUCCAGGAAGUCCUCAAUGUGCUCCAUAAGUUCUCUGAAUAGUUCCUCCUCAGGCAGCUCAAAGAGUCACCAUUCACCAAGUCAUCCACAUUGGUCGAGGUCUUUGUCUCAGCCUGUAGGACGUAGUGGUACUAUUAGAUAUAUGUCUGUGUCGAGUCAAGAUUCUGGAUUUACAUCUCAAGAUACACUUUAUCCAAGACCACCAUCUGCAUUUAACGUGGCGCAGGUUUCAAAUAUGUCUGAACACAGUGGAAAUAGCAGCAGUUCAAGUACUCCAUGUACUCCAUUCCCGGCUUCAAGUAUUCCCAAUAACACAUGGCCAAAUCUUCAAGAGAGUAUACAGUUCGAAAGGGCAGCAUCUGCUAUAAUAAAUGAUAGACCUCACACGAUUUCUUCAGCGUAUGAAAAGGGUCACCAAAGAAGUCCAUUGACAGUUUACACAUUCCAAGCUCCUGAACAAAGUUUAUCUCAGCCAGCUAGUCCGGUAGCUUCGACGGCACCUAUUGACAGUUCCACAAAGACAGUACAACCAAAGAGCCCAGCACCAUCAACAAAAUCAUUUAUGAGCAAACCACCCUUACCAACACGUUGCUCUUCCUUAGACCGAAAUGGUCCCAACGUACCUGCUAAGAAUAUAGCUGGAAUGCAUGGCAUUCGAGUUCUUCCUCCUACAACGGUAGAUCAAACAUUAAUCAAGAAACCUUCUGCACUUCCUGCUCAUUUGGCUAAGAAUUGCCCACAACCCACCUAUGUAAAUAUGCAUGAUUUAGCUAAUAUGGCAGCCAACAAAUCGCAAGAAUUCAAUUUGCCGCCACCACCUGCUGAAUUUACCACACCAGGCACUGAAAAUCAGAAGGUGCCAAACGAAGGUGAAAAGGAGAGCAGUACUAGUGAGAGUUCGUUAGAAUCAUCAAGUGGUUAUGGUAGUCAAACUACUUUCAAUGUUGAUGAUGUAGUGCAAACUGCAGAAGUGACUUAUGAGAUACCCAGUAGAAGGAGAACACUACGUGCAGUAAAUAGUUGGAACCCUAAUAACAAUGUUAGUGAUACCGCUAGCAAGUAUUGCACUCUUCCCCGAAACCCUGAUCUACUCGCUGGUGUGCGUAGGAGGCCAGUCUCAAUGUCAGCUGUAUAUGCGACUAGUGGAAUAAGAAAUAACCUUCUUCGACGAGGAUCUGUUCAGGCUAACAAGCCUCCUCCGCCUAUCAGACGCACUUCAUCCAUAACUAAUACAUCAGCUCUGGGGUUGAACUCUAAUAUGGGCAGUCUGGAGAACUUGCCGCCCCCACCUGCCUUUUUACUGGAACCCAAUAUUUGUCAGAACGCCAACGUUAAACAGAAUAUAGGUGUUAAUGUUGCAGAAACUGUAAAGGCUCUAACAGAAUUGAAACACACACCUGCCAGUCCGAAUGCCAUCCGCAGAAUGUCAACAUCCUCUCAAAAUAUUUUUCAGAAUCAGAAUGCAAAUCAACAACAGAGUACAAUGCUUAGCACCUUCCAGAAUAAAGUUUCCUAUAUAUCUCAAUCAGGUGGCGUCGUCUAUGCACAGCCAUCUCAAAUUAUCGGAGGUAGUCCUACAGCCGUAAGAAGAUACAAUAAUAUGAGAUCCCAGAGUGCUGACAGAAAAUCAGAGGGACCUGGAGGUGUUGGUUCCAAUUUUAUUGCAUCGUUAAGUGCUAAAUUAACACCUACAUUAAGUCCCAGGAGUUCUAGACGAAAUUCAGAAGAUGUGGUCAUGAGGACAAAUACAGCAAAUAAAAUAUAUGAAAGAGGUCCUGGACAAAGUUUCCUAGAUUCGCUGAAUGCCAAAUUGUCCCAACAGCAUAUCAGCAGUUCACCUCAAGUGAAAGCAAACAAAAUACGUCAAUUUUUCAACAGUAAAGCUCAGCCUGAUCCACGAACCUGCCAUGAAUCCUUGAUGGAUCAGAUUAAAAAAGGGGCACCCUUGAAACGAGCAAAAAUAAUAAAUGACAGGUCAGCUCCUAAAAUUUACUAGGCAGCGAAAUCUACGAAUGGAAAUGGAAUUAAAUCAAAUCGUCCAACAAAUUAUCAUGUCAAAUAAUUGCCAACUCGUCAAUUUGAUGAAGAGUUAAUGAUUAUUUUUCUAACCUUUCAAGUUGAAAAUUGUUUUCUCAGAAGUUUUAUUACAUCUUGAGUUGCUAUGAACACAGAAAUUCUUGUUGCGUCCAGUUAUUAAUAAAAAUAAAUUGAAAGGACAGAUAUUUUUAUAUUCUCCUUUAUAGAGCAAAACUAUGCAGAAAAGAUUUGAUGAUGAACUAUAUUGAUAAAUGGCACAAAACGUGUUCUGUCUGGAAAAACAUUCAUUGUAUGUUCCACCAUUAGAAUGCAUCAUUAAAAUGUAAAUGUUUAUUUAUAUAAGUACCAUCAUAAUAUGAAUAUUGAGAAUGUAUUUUCUCUGAAAAUGUCCACCUGGAAAAAUAUUUUCUUUCCUCGCCUGAUGAGAAUGUUAGUAUGUUGUAUGAAGAAAAUUGAAUUGAUUUCAAUUCUUGGUAAUAAACCAAAUAUGAUUAGAUAAAGCAUUUUAAUUGAUAUGAUUUACUUCCCUAAUGGCAUGAUUUAUAAUGCAUUCAAAGAAUAAUUGAUGAACUUUCAGAACUAUAAUAGACUGAAGAAUCUUCCAUUAUAUUGGACACACGAUCAUAUCAAAUAUUGUUAACUUAUGUAUCUUCCACUGUAUACUUAGAGUUUUUUUUUUUGUAAUAAUAUUCUAACCUUGUAAUAAAGAGUGUGUUUACAUCAGCUAUUUAGAGAUAUUUAACAUUCAAUUUAAUGGAAGUGUAUGUUAUUUUGUAUAUAACUCAAAUAUUUUUAUUUUUAUUCUCGUGAACAUAUUUAAGAUUAAUUCUAGUUAUAAGUUUGAACUUUUAAAGUGAUAUAAAAUUACUUAAUACAUUAUUCAAUACUGGAUGGUUCAAGCAUUGAAAUCUUUACUUUGUAUUCAUGUAUUAAUAUAUAAUAAAUUUGUGGAGUUGAAAA